AUGCCCUCCAACGCGGCGCUCGACGCCCUCGGGCACGCCGUGUCGGGCUCCGCCGGCACGGCCAUCUCGACGGCGGCCGUGUUCCCGCUCGACCUCGUGACGACACGGCUGAAAGUGCAGCGGCGGCGGCUGCGCGACCAGGAGCAGUACGACGGCGUGGUGGACGCGCUCAAGGGCAUCGCGCGCAACGAGGGCGGCGUGUCGGCGCUGUACAACGGGCUGGGGCCCGACGUGGCCAAGUCGGUCGUCGACAGCUUCCUCUUCUUCGGCUUCUACAGCUACCUGCGCGGGCGGAACCGCCACCCCAGCGUGGUGCAGGAGCUGCUCAUGGGGUCGCUCGCCGGCGCGUGCUCCAAGGCCUGCACCACGCCCAUCUCGAGCGUCGUGACGCGCAUGCAAAUGUCCUCGGGCGGCGAGACGCUGCGCGAGAUGCUCGCCGACAUGCGCAGGGAGAGCGGCCUGCUCGGCCUGUGGUCCGGUUACUCGGCGACGCUCGUCCUGACGCUCAACCCGAGCCUCACCUUCUUUGUCAACCGCAGGCUGGCCAAGCGCAUACUGCCGGCUCUCGAGGAGGAGGACAUCCCCAUCGCCUGGGCUGCCUUCUUGUUGGCUGCUUUUAGCAAGGCGGCUGCCACUGCCCUCACGUACCCGUUCCAGACCGGGAGGACGAGGCUGCAGAUGCCCAGCGAAACGCCGGCCGAGGAGGCCUCAGAAAAGGACAAGGGCCUAAGCGGGCAGCGGAAGCCAUCUCUCUUGAGCCGACUGCUGGAGUUCCUCGACAAGACCGUCAUCGGAGUCAUCUUCAGAAUCAUAAAGCGGGAGGGGCUGAGGGCUCUGUAUGAUGGUCUGCAAGGCGAACUGCUGAAGGGCUUCUUCAGCCACGGCCUGACGAUGCUUACCAAGGGCCUGCUGCACCGUCUGGUCAUCCGGCUCUGGGCCCUCUCGCAGCCUCAUCUGCGGAGACGGCUGCAGCGAAAAUGA